AUGACAAGUCUCUACAACAAUGUACCUCCACAGAAUUUGGUAAGUUCACCAGAGACAACUAUGUAUUUGAACAGUGUGUCCCCAAGCACUCCAACUACUAGCCCAUCAACAUGGAACCCACUGCAAGUACCAGUGACUUAUUCUACUCCCAAUGCGAGCGAGACAUAUUUGGUCAAUCCCAGCACAGUCCCAAUCCCCUCAGUCGGUCCACAACCUACACCUCACCACAGCCCUAAUUCACUGGGCUUCAAUUCUCGGGUCCAGGUAAAGAAAAUGGCUUUGCCAACAUUCAGUGGUAACCGCAAAGAGUGGCCAGAGUUCAAAGCGAUUUGGAAAUCAGUCGCUGAGACAGCAUAUCAAAAUAAGGCUGCUUUGGCUCAUGAGCUUAGAAGAUCGGUAAAGGGUGAGGCAAGUCGACGAAUAAGAUCAGUCUAUGUCACCAAACCGGAAGCAUACAAUGUCAUGUGGCAGAAGUUAGAAAGUUUCUACGAGGAUGUUGGUGCAAGUGUACAAGCUGCACUAGAAGAUUUACAUAAGAUUAAGGCAGUACCGACAGAUGAUUACAAAGGCUUGAUAGAACUUGUAGACGAAGUAGAAUCAGCGUAUAGUCAAUUGGAGGAGUUGGGAAACCUAAAUGUUUUGACGUUGAGAGAUGUUGAUUUCAUCACCGAACUGCUACCAUGUUAUUUGAAAGUAGAAUGGCGAAGAAGAUAUAGGGACAUCACGGCCAGUGAAAAGAUACACCCUUUCAUCCCUUUCAUGCAUUUUCUCGAAGGCGAACGAGAAGCAGUCUCUCGAAUAGCCGAGUACCAGCCAAAGGGAAGGAGAAAUGAAUUUCCGAAAUAUGAGCGAAGAAAGCAACAUGUACAAGGUUAUCAUGCAGGGAAGCAAUCCUCCAAGAAGUAUUAUAAGUGUGCCUAUCCAUCUCACAGAAAGGACAGUAUCAGUCAUACCACAUCGGAAUGCAAAGAGUUUCAGAAGUUACCAGUUAGCGGAAAAGAAGGAAAAUAUGAACUCUUAAAACAAAUUGAUGCUUGUUUCAAAUGCUUUGGAAACCAUAGAAGGCAAGACUGUCCCAAGAAAGUUCCUUGUCCAUGUGGAAGUGGUGAACAUCAUCAGUUACUCUGUGAAUCCAAGCGUCCAGAAGACAAUAAGAGUACAGAUUUCGCACAGAAAGAAACCCACGUUUCUCGAUCGGAUUCAUUAUCCCUGUAUCCCAUCUACCAAACAGCAGUCUGUGGAAGCAACAAAACUGUAUCUGUUUUCUGCCCCACCGGGCAGCUGAAAGAAUAA